UAUUACGUCAGCAGAAGGAAUGGCUGCUCUCGCAUGACAUGUGCAGUUGUCUUGGAACUCGAUAAAUUUUAUUUUUUUAAACCACGAUCAAGAGGCGACACAGCUACGCUGCUAAUCGAAGCGGCGUGAUCUUUUGCGAUUUUUCAAAAGGAGGAUUUUCUAAACCGCUUGAAAAAUGAGCACAAAUAAGACAAAAAAGAAGCGAAAGAUCUUCGCGCGACCCAAGCCGAAAAAUCGGAGCAUUCAAAUGACUGGCAAAUGGAAGGCGGUGGAUUUAGAUCCCGAACUUUGUUCCGAAGAGGGCAUGCUGGACGAUCUGGUUUGUUUUGAAGAACUGACAAAUUACCGCGUGGUGGAUAUCAAGAAGCUUUCAGCUGCGACAGAGAAUGAACCCGAAGAUGGAAAGAAAAAAGGAAAGAAAAGAAAGUCAAGGGAAGUUGAAGAGGUGAUCGAAAAAGGAGCCGUAGACAGCAAAGAAUCAGAAAAGUCUGUCGCACCCGCCAAGAAAAAGAAAAAAAAGAACUUUUUAAGAAACGAAUCCAUUCAAAAUGAGACAAUGCAGGAGGAUGCAGGUGAGGAAGAAGAACAGAGAACCGAUCAAGAGGAUCCAUCUGAAGCUGCACCAGCCACUACUAACUUAGAUCAACCAAAACUUAAGGUAAAGACUAAAUUAAAAAAGAAAAAGAAGCAGCAAAGACAAAAUGAUGGACAUCCCAACACCGCUCAGAAUAAAGAGCAAAAGCCCAAAAAACAACAGAAUAACUGGAGCAAGGCUGCCCUUUCUGGUUCUGAAGGGAAAAACGUUAAUAUGAGUGCAUGGAAAGACCUGUUCGUACCACCUCUUGUACUGAAGGCCCUCAGCAGCCUUGGUUUCGCAUCACCGACCCCAAUUCAAGCCCUGGUGCUCCCUCCAGCCAUCCGAGAUCGUUUGGAUAUUUUAGGAGCGGCCGAGACGGGAAGUGGUAAAACAUUAGCAUUUGGCAUUCCCAUGAUCCAUAACAUCCUGAAGUGGAAGGAACAUGUUGAAAAUGACAAGGACGAUGGCGUGGAUCCAGACAAAGCACAUGGGAGUUUGACAGAGUGCCCUGAAGCUGAUCCUGAGGAGCGGGGCGAGGAAGAAGGAAGUAUCAGCGGGAAGGCUGACGAGGAAGAAGGAAGUAUCAGCGGGCAGGGUGACAAAGGAGAAUCUGCGGAAGGUGACCAUGAGGACAACCGUGAUUCUGACGAUGGCGAUCAAGGUCAGGAUGGAAAGCUUGGUUGCGUGAAGGUCAUCGACGAUGUUGAGUUUGACGCCGACACCAAUGCGGGGAAGAAGAACCAGGCUCGACCUCUGCUGGGAUUGGUCCUCACCCCAACCAGGGAGUUGGCAGUCCAAGUCAAACACCACAUAGACGCUGUGGCCAAGUUUACUGGCAUCAAGACAGCCAUCAUAGUGGGUGGGAUGGCGCAACAGAAGCAGAGAAGGCUGUUGAAUCACAGGCCAGAAAUCAUCAUCGCCACUCCUGGACGUCUGUGGGACUUGAUCAAAGAGAGGCAUCCACACCUUCUCAACCUCAAACAGCUCAAGAGCUUAGUGAUCGACGAAGCCGACCGCAUGGUAGAACGAGGCCACUUUGCCGAGCUGGAUUCUCUCCUGGAGAUGCUGAACACCACUCAACUCAAUCCUAAGAGGCAAAACUUUGUGUUUUCCGCCACGCUGACCAUGAUCCACAACCUACCUAUGCGUGUGCUGCAGAAGAAGAAGAAGGAGCAGCUGACCGACAAGGUGGCGCUCCUCAUGGCCAAAGUAGGGAUCAAUUCCAAGCCCAAAGUCGUCGACCUGACCAGGAAGCAGGCCACUGCGGAGACCUUGACCGAGACGCAGAUUCACUGCCAGAAAGAGGACAAGGACUUUUUCCUCUACUAUUUCCUGCUGCAGUAUCCCGGACGCACCAUGGUGUUUGCCAACAGCAUCGAAUGUAUCAAGCGACUCAACUCGCUGCUGAAUAUUCUGUCCUGCACGCCACUGCCGCUGCACGCCAACAUGCAUCAGAAGCAGCGGCUGAAAAACCUGGAGAGGUUUGCCGAGAAGGAGAGUUGUGUGUUGCUGACGACUGACGUAGCAGCAAGAGGACUGGAUAUCCCCAAUGUGCAGAAUGUCAUUCACUACCAGGUUCCUCGCACAUCCGAAACAUACGUCCAUCGCAGUGGCCGGACAGCCAGAGCUACAAACGAGGGUCUAAGUUUGCUUCUCAUCGGCCCUGACGACGUGAUGAACUUCAGAAAGAUUUACAAGAACCUCGAAAAGGAUGAGGAGCUGCCCAGGUUUCCUGUAGAGCUCCACUUUAUGGAGGCAAUCAAGGAACGUGUCAACCUGGCCAGAAAGAUAGAAAAGGUUGAGUUCCACAACAGCAGGCAAAAACAUCACAACUCCUGGUUCAAGCAAGCAGCAGAAGCUAUGGAGAUCGAUCUUGACGAAGAUCUCUUGCUAGGCAACGGGAGGGAUGAGGAUGAUCGGGGGCAACAGAAGAUGGUGAAAGCGAUGAAGAAACACUUGAAGCAGCUUCUCUCUCAGCCUGUGUUCAAGAAUUUGACAAAGACCAAGUACCCCACUCAGAUGGGACGCCUGUCCCUGGCUAAUCUGCCCGUCAGAGGGGAGCAAAGUGCCCUCAUGAGUGUGUUGGCACAGAAGAAUGAAAAAACUGGUCCGCCGCAGCACCAAAAAAGAAAGGAGAAAAAACGCCAGCAUUGAAUGCAAUUUUUACAUAUUGGAUUUGGACAGCAAUAACAUACAUUGCAGUUUUGCCUCAUUAAAAACAAUUAUUUUAA